AUGGUCUUCCACGACGCCGAGGAUGUACAUGUGCGGCAACUGGUUCUGACGGUCAACUACUGCAAAUCAGACAGUCUAUCCCUCUACGCACGGCUUGCCAUCGGGCCCAAGAACGACGCCCUUUGGCAGCGUCUUCGCCUUGUCAUCGUCCUGCGCGCGGAUACGCUGUUCGGGGGAGGCGUCCAGCGGCUGUGGCGGGAGUCCAGUACUCAUUGCGACAGAACAGAAGAAAUGCGACAGGAUGGGGAACUGAAGAUCGAAGGGCAUGACUCCAUGUCGAGCAUGACAAAAUCUAACAGAGCCCGUGGUCAAAGAUCCGUGCUUCUCGACGCGGAUCCUUAUUACCUUCGAUCGGAUUCUUCAGAUGUGUCUACGACCAUGGAAGACGUCACAGCUCGACUCAAAGACCUCACGGUGGGACAGACGCCAGUCUACCUGCUAAAGACCAUAUCUUCACCCAACGAUGCAUACGAGGAGCACUUCACUACCUUACAAAAUGGCCACUUCAAGCCCGUAUUCGUCCCAGUCCUGGAUCACAUGUUUCGGGACGAUGCUCUGCGGAAUCUGAGGCUCGCAGCUGAACGAUACGCAUUCGCGGGUGGUAGCCCCGCCACAGCUCGACAAAAGGCAUGCAACAACCCAGCAAAGAGAUACGGCGGCAUGAUCUUCACCUCGCAACGUGCAGUGGAUGCGUUCACAAGUGUAGUAGCCAAGCUGAAUCCAGCGAGGAAGCAAACGCUCUUCGACAAGGACAUGCCGAUUUAUGUGGUCGGAUCAGCCACCGCGAAAGGGGUCAAGGCGCUUGAUCUGCCAUGUCCCAUCAUUGGCGAGCAGACUGGUAAUGGCGAUGCGUUGGCUCAGUUCAUUCUCGGCUGGCAUAAAACAUUGUCCAAAGAAGUCACUCACCUGGACGGCCGAAAGCUUCCACUUCUAUUCCUGGUCGGCGAGCAACGCAGAGACAUCAUUCCAAAGUCGCUGCAGUCAGAGGAGCUCGUCCCAUCAGAACGGAUACCUGUCACGGAGGUGGUUGUGUAUGAGACAGGAGAGAUGACUUCAUUUGAGGAGGACUUCACCAUGUUGCUAAGGGAGGCCAAGGCGGCCAAAGUGAAGGAGCAGUGGGUUGUCGUCUUCAGUCCGCAAGGGUGCGAGGCCAUGCUCAGUGCGUUGGGCUGGCUGGAUGAGAAGACGGCGAAAUACAGUGCAGGGAGGAAAGAGAUCGUUUCUGGGCCCAUGACGACGCGGAUUGCUACGAUCGGGCCUACGACGAGGGAUUUCCUGAUGGAGCAGUUUGAGUUUGAGCCCGAUGUGUGCGCAGAGAAGCCAAGUCCGGAGGGUGUGGCGGAAGCUCGGAGGCCACAAGUCGACACGACAACAACCCGCAAGUUCACCUUCGCCAAACAGCAUUCUGGUGCUCACGGUAGAAACUCAAGCAAAUCACCUCACAUCCUCAACGUCGCCACUGCUCACGUUAUAUUACUCCCAGAGAUCGCUGCAGACUCCACACUGGAUUAUCGACUUGCCACCCUUUGCGCUUCACCCUCGCAUUUCGCUCAGCAACCGCGGCUCAAGCCCAAACUCCUCGCGCACGCUACGUACAGACCGCCUCCCUUGGUCGACUCAGCACAAUGA